ACUAGGAACGUUCCAUAUUUAGUAUAGGCUUCGUACGCGUUGGUGCUGCCUGAUCUGAGACAAGCGAACCAAUUCGCUUCCCGCCGCACAAGGCCAUCGCCUCUGUUUCGGAGCCUCCGCGCACACUCUGGAGAACCAUGGAAUCAAAGGGACAAUGGCUGCGCAAGCAACGCUUCCUCAAGUGCCACAAUGAGGAGGCGCUCGGUCCCAUUUCGAUAAUCCUUCCUCUCGUGUACUUGUUCGUUGUGGUGCUAGUUGUCUUGUGCGUCAUGUUCCAGUACAUCUCUAUGCUCUCCAAAAAGUCACCAGACGAAGCCGUCAUCACGGUGGACACAUUGGCGCCGUUCUACGUUGAGACAAAAAGCAUGCCUGACGUAAAGCGCCCACCAGAAGACCAUGAACUGUGGUCGGCACCUGCUCUAGUGAACAGAUCACUCACACCAGCACGUAUUGCACCGACCCUUCCAACAUCACGCAGCGGAGUGUGCACAACGUUUGACUGCCGCUACGCGGCGCAGUGGUUGCGGUCCAAACUCGACUACAGCGUUGACCCGUGCAAAGAUUUCUAUAAAUUUGUUUGUGGCUCUUUCCGGGGAUUCGACGAGUUCAUCCACCUUGCACGGGGCAUUGAAGUCACCACCAAAGCGUUCCUCGGCAAUUUAAGGGUGCCAUCUUCCAAUCAAAACUCCCAGCAGAAAGCAGCUGGAAUGUACCAGGCUUGCGUGGCCUUUGCAUGGUCAGGCAGGGAGGAGACUACAUAUCUCGUCAAAUGGAUGAUAUCCUUGAACCUGGACCUGAUGAACCAGACCAGAUUGGCUGCAGUGAACCCUGUUGAAAUGAUGGUGCGCGCUUCUCUUGACCUAGGUGUCAAGGCUGUAAUCGCCAUUGUUCUUAGGAAGCAGGACUUCCUAGCCCGCAAGAGAGUGAUACAGAUCGAGUACAGCAAAGAACAAAAGGAAUGGAUGAUUCAGCGGAGCAGCGAAGAUGAUAACAUUGACUACUACGCACGUCAUCUCCAGCGGUACGGUGUCAACCCACCUGAGGACACGCAGCUGGCCUUGAAAAUAAUUGGAUACGAAAGACAACUUCGACGUAUUGCGAUUAGUGAGAAGAGAUUCCUUAGGUAUAUAGAAAUUCGUUUCCUCGGAAACUACACAAAGCCAUACGUUACGCCAGAUGAAUGGAACACCUUUAUUACUACAUACACCAAUGGCACCUAUAAUGUUUUAGACUAUAUUAAACAUGAUCCACUGGCUACCAGUAUUCUUGUGAAGCUGUUCGAGAACGAGGAUGUGGGUGAAAACGGACUGAGAUACCUGGUUGCCUGGAGCAUCUACCGGCAGCUGGUGACGUAUACAGUGCCAGAGCUGCUUUUUGGAAGACGUCGUGUCACCAACGCGCGCGUGAAGUCAACUUGUUACGAGCUUGUUGGAAAAGUGAUGCAUCUGGCGGUGAACAGACCUUUCUUUGAGUCACACGUGCCACUCGAAGCGGUUGACCAGGCUAAGCGUAUGUUUACCAAUAUCCGCGGUGCCCUCCGCAAGUCUUUUGAGUCAUCGAGCUGGUUCAAGGGCAGGGAUCUAGAAGUGGCCCUGCGCAAGGUUGACCGCCUCACCGGCCACGUGGGAAGUGGAAAUCGAUUGGACCCCCAGUUUGUCGAAAAGCAUUACAAGCAAUACCCGGAUGCACUCCCGGACCGACUUUUUCCCGUAUGGAUCAAGGCCCGCUCUCUCUCAUCCCACGACAUGUGGGCCGACCAGACAUCAUGGUUCUACGAUGAAGCGGUGCUGGGUGCCUUCUAUAAUAACCUCCACAAUACUCUUGUUGUUCCGAGGGCCUUACUAUUGCGGCCCUUCUUUCGUCCUUUCGGACCACUUGGUCUGAACUAUGCUGGCCUCGGUGCGAUUAUGGGCCACGAAAUUAUGCACGCAUUUGACGUACAAGGCAUAAUGCACAACGACGUAUACGAACCCUGGGCUUCGAACGAUAUUAUAAAGGAAUACACUAAAAAGGCGGUGUGCUUGCGGCAAUCGCACAGAUCGGUGCUAUCAUUCAGUGCCCGCCAGGAGGUGUUGAAUGACACGGCGGACUCCGAGAACAUGGCCGACUUGGUGGGCGCCAUGACCGCGUACGCGACGUACGCUUCGUUGCCCCCAGCACAAGCCAACGUAACGCUUGCCGGGCUUGACAUGUCUGCGGAGCGCUUGUUCUUCAUCAAUUACUGUGUGAUGUGGUGCCAUGAGUACGGCGCGUCACACGUCCGCUAUGCACCAGACCGAUCCCGCUGCAUAGUGCCUCUGAUGAACAUGCCCGAGUUCGCCAGUGCCUUUGGCUGUGCCGUCGGUGAACCCAUGAAUCCCCGAAAGAAGUGCAACUUUUGGCAGUGAACAAUUUGCUGCUGCUCAUUCUGCUUUUAGCCCGGAAGAAGGUAAAUGAAAACUGCAAUAAAAGCAAAUUCAGAAGUCAGCACAGGAAUAAUUAUUUCGUGUGACAGGGUUUUAGGUGGAAGAGCUGUUGGUAUUCAUAUUUUCUAAAUAGGUUGUAAGCAAACA